AGAGAGAGAGAGAGAGAAUGGAAGGCACUUUACUACUUUUUUAUGUUGCACGCAUCUAUGGCAGAAAACAGAAGGAAGUCAGAGUGGUAGUACAAACAACAAGAGGUGAAGAGAAGAAGAAGAAGAAGAAAAAGAAAGAAGCAGGAGCAGCAGCAAAGCAAAGAAACCCAAAACCAAAUCAAAUCAAGGAGGAGGCCACCAGAGGCCUAGCCAAGAACCAGAGAAGAGAAGAGGGUUUCAGUUCAGCCAUAAGCCAAAGGGUUAUCUGAAGAACAGAGACAGGAUGUGCUGAGAAUGAGAGAAGAGGAAGAUCGAUUUUGGGUGUGGCGGGUUUGUUGAUUCUGUGCAUGCAUUUUGGCGGGAGCUUGUUGGUCGGUCGGUCUGUGAGUCCGCGGUUUCUGCUCUGCAAGUCGGCGAUUGGUUUUACGCCUCGCUUUGGGUGGUGGUGUUGGGUGAAAUGCCCUUGCCCUUUGAUUUUGAGGGGAAGGGGGUGUUAGAUUUCGCCGUUGCAGAGCCUUCUUCUUCUUGUUCCUUGUCUUCUGUAAAUCCGUUGCUGUUUCAGUGGAAGGAGAAUUGGAACAAGGAGAGUUGCUUUCUUGGAAGAGAGCAGCCAGAGCCCACCUCUGUCCUGGAGACCAUUGGAAGCCCAAGCCCACCGACUUCCUCAUCAACCCUGUCUUCCUCCUUCGACGGCGGCGGCGGCGGCGGAGGGUCCACCGAGACGGCAGGGGUGGCGGCGGUUUCCGGCAACCCAUCUCAGAAAUGGCAAGAACCCACCACCAGCUCGGGUCCGGGACUUGACUCGGAGCUCCACCCGGUCCCGCCACUUCUCGGCGCCGCCUCGGCCGCCGCCGCGCCGGAGAAAUGCGGGCUGGGGAUCGACGACUGGGAGGGCGUGCUGUCGGAAUCGGUCGCCGCCUCGCCGACCCAGGAGCAGUCCAUUCUCCGGUGGAUCAUGGGCGACGUGGACGACCCCUCAAUGGGCCUCAACAAGCUGCUCCAAACCGGCGCCCCGCCGGAGCUCGAGUUCCCCACCGCUGCUUUCGGCGUUGGCGAUCACGGAUUCGGGUCCGACCCGGUCGGCUCCUUCUUCCCUUCUCCCAAUUUGAUGCCGCCUACAAUGAACCCUUCCAUUCCAACUUCUGGGUUUCCUCAGAAUCCCAUUUUCUCUCCAUUGUCAAGCAAUCUGGUUCCACCUCUUGAUGUAAAGCCACAGAUUUUCAGUCCACAAGUUCUAAUCAACCAGCACCAAGCUCUGAACCCUCAAAAUUCGUCGUGUUUUUUGCCCUAUGCCCAGCAAGAGAAUCACCUCUUUUCCCCACCGCAGCCCAAAAGGCACAAUCCUGGAGGCCUUGAGCUAAACCCUCCAAUGCUUCCUCACCCGUUCCAGUUGUUGCCAAGCUACGGGAAGCCCAAGAUUUUGGACCAUGAAUUGGGGCAAAAUCAGAACCAGAACCAUAAUCAGAACCACCAGCAGGCCAUAAUCGACCAGAUUUUCAAGGCAGCCGAGCUGGUCCAGACGGGGAAUUCGGCUCUCGCGCAAGGGAUAUUGGCGCGGCUCAAUCACCAGCUCUCGCCCAUUGGCAAGCCAUUCCACAGGGCUGCUUUCUUCUGCAAAGAGGCUCUGCAAAACAGCCUGAAUCCCGUAUCGGCCACUUCGCUGAACUCUUCUUCUUCUUCAUCUUCUCCUUUCAAUCUCAUCCUCAAGAUUGGGGCUUACAAGUCUUUCUCCGAGGUCUCGCCUUUGAUACAGUUUGCCAAUUUCACUUGCAACCAGGCAAUGCUCGAGGUUUUGGAGGGCUUUAAUCGCAUUCAUGUCGUGGAUUUUGAUAUCGGCUAUGGCGGGCAGUGGGCUUCUCUGAUGCAGGAGCUGGCGUUGAGGAGCUGCGGCGCCCCGUCGCUCAAAAUCACGGCUUUCGCCUCGCCCUCGACUCAUGAUCAGCUCGAACUCGGCCUAACCAGGGAGAAUUUAAUCCACUUUGCCGGUGAGAUUAACAUGGCAUUUGAAUUCGACAUCCUAAGCCUUGAUUCGUUGAGCACGGCGUCGUGGUCAUUGCCUCUUCGUGUCAGUGAGAACGAGGCUGUUGCCGUUAAUCUCCCGGUUGGAUCGUUUUCCAAUUACCAAUUGUCGCUCCCUAUGAUCCUCGGCCUGGUGAAGCAGCUUGCCCCGAAAAUCGUGGUCUCGGUGGACCGGGGCUGCGAUAGAAUGGACCUCCCAUUUCCAGCCCAUGUAAUUCAUGCCCUCCAGUCUUACUCGAACCUGCUCGAAUCGAUUGAUGCUGUAAAUGUGAACCCGGAUGCGAUGCAAAAGAUUGAGAGGUUCUUGCUCCAACCCGGGAUCGAGAAAAUUGUGAUGGCUCGCUGUCGAUCCCCGGAGAAGUCCCCACAUUGGCGGAGCCUUUUCUUGUCAUCCGGGUUCUCCCCAUUGGCCUUGAGUAAUUUUGCAGAAUCACAAGCCGAGUGUGUGGUGAAGAGGACUCCGGUUAGGGGUUUUCACGUCGAGAAGAGGCAGUCCUCCCUCGUUCUCUGCUGGCAACAGAAGGAACUCAUCUCGGCCUCGGCUUGGAGGUGCUGAGGGACACCAAAAUCAUUGAUUUCUGUGGAGAAGGUGCUGCAUAAGCCAUAACUCACUGUUUUAGCCUCUGAUAUUUUCUUGAAUCUUAUUGCCUGUGACUUUGUUUUGCUAAUUGUCAAUGUCUUUUAGGUAGAUUGUUUCAAGUAAGAACCAAAAAAGAAAAAAAAAACCCAGAUGUUUUAGUGCCUGGAUAAUCUAGCGUAAUUCUAUUUCUUUGACCGAUCGUUUCCGAUGUGGGUACUACUAUUAUGGUGUUCUCAUGCUGUUGUGGCAAGGAACGGCAAUUGUUUCUAAUUAGGCGGGGGCUAUUUGUUGUACACUUGACAACAAUGCAAAACCAGAAAUGAAGAAAACCAAGAAUUUAACCCUUAA